UGAAAUAACUGAUAUAAGCUUAAGGUCUAAACAGAAAUCAACCAAGAUCAAAUAUAUUAAAAAGAUAAAGGGAGAACUAAAUAUGGAUAUGGUUCGAAAAAAGAAGAAAAGAAAAGAAAGAAAGAAGAAGGAGGAGGAGAGAGAGAGAGAGUGCUUGGAGCUGCCUUUGAUGGUAGGUAGAGGAGGAAGCUUCUGUGGUGCGUUGAAGCUGGCCGUAGAAGCAGUUGACAUCGACGAGCAUGGCAGUAGCACCGGCGGCAGUGAACAAUGGCGUCAAGUAGCAGAAAAUGGAAGAAACAACAACAGCUCUUUGAUGUCAUUCAUGGCGUUUUCGGCAACAGUGACAGAUGAUCAAAGGACAUAUUUAGGAUUUACACAUCACAAGCUUUCUGUCAACACCGAUUUUGAUUCGAUUAGACUUUGUUGGAAAAUCAAUGGUUGGAAACUGUCCGUGAUAUUUCUGGAUGACCGGGGGGCUGGAUCAAAAAAUCAGAUGUUGGAUUCUUUCUCUGUGCAUUAUUUCAAGUCUUUAGAUGCGCUCGGAUCGUCGGUCGAACUCCAGCGGCCGGAGGAUUUGUGCGCUCGAAUAAUAGUCCAGAAAAAAUUAGCAGAGAACCUUAGUGAAGGUAUAGUUGAUCGAGUCCUGCAUGCCAGGUUAAACAUCCGUUGCGCCAAAGCUGCCAAGGAUCAAUAGGAGAUAUUUAUUAGUGUGCACAACUUUUUGCUAUACUUUUAAUUAUUGAUACUAUUAUGGUUGUUCUUAUUAUUACCAUUACUAAUAUUACUGGUAAGGAUAAUAAGUAGUUAGUUUUACGAUUUCGUCCUCUGACGGUUCAAUUAGCUAUGUUCACAUUUUCUUUUAAUUAUUGAGCUUGAUGUAUAACUGCUUGUCUAUUUCUUCUUGUUAUUUGUUUGUUUUCUCACUGAGUUUUACUUAUUUUUAUUUUUCUUACGAGUGUUAUACAGGAUGUUAAGAGUUAUACCAGAAUAGAAGUAGUAGCAGUUAGAGCUUUGAGUUGCUAGACUAUACGAUUCGAGAAAGUGAUGAUAGAAGAUUGGAUAGUUAAGUCCAUUUUGGUCAGGGAAGUUACACGAUGUUUUUAUAUAACUUGUUAACUUUUCAGUUGCUUUAAUAAUCUUACCUUACCUUAGCUAGACUCCUAUUGUUGACUUUAAUUUUGAACAAAUUAUCAUUCUUCUCUUAUGAUUCAUGUGAUUAAUAAAAAAAUUAAUAAACAGCGA